CUCAUAAUCCAACGGUUCAGAUCAAUUCCUGAGUUUUAGGUUCUUGUUUUAUCUCCCUUAACCUACACUCUUUUCUUCUUCACUUAAUUACCCUCUCACUCUCUCUUUCUCAGAGAGAACCUUCUCCAUCAAUCUUCUUCUUUUUCAAAUCAGCGUUAGUAAGAAAGAAGAAGGAAUUAUUAACAAGAUGUUGUUAGGAAAAAGACCUCGUCCACCAAUGAAAAGAACAACAAGUAUGUCAGAAAUAACCUUCGAUCUGAACACAGUUACAGAUGAAAAUCCUAACAACCUGUUCAACCGUCAUGGAGCUGGUGUUGCUCCGUACGAUGGAAUCAACGGUUCAGAUCAGAGCAGGGUUAUGGCCAUGGUGUCACCAAGAAACCAUAGAAGAAAUUCCUCUGAUAUGACUCACACACCUGAUUUCUUGCGCUCUUGCUUCCUCUGUAAACGCCGUUUGGUACCAGGUCGUGACAUCUACAUGUACAAAGGAGAUAGUGCGUUUUGCAGUUUGGAGUGUCGUCAACAGCAGAUGAAUCAGGAUGAGAGAAAGGAUAAGUGUUGUGUGGCAUCGAAAAAACAAGUUGUGGGAGUUGCAGCUACGUCUUCUUCUGCGUCUCAAGGGAAAAAAACUGUGGUUGCCACAUAGUCGGAGCAUAUCCAAACAAGGAUUAAUUGAUUGGUGGCAUGCAGUAUUAAUUAGACAUCUGUAUGAUAUGUCCUUGCCCUUUCAUACCCUUUAAUAAUUAUUAUUUAUGUGUUAUAUAUAUACACCUAGUUCACUCUCUUUCUCUAUGAUCUAUUGGAUUUUUUUUUUUUUUUUGUGCCUUUUGUUCUGGCUUUGUAAUUUUCAUAUCUUGGUUAGACUGCUUCUCUUCUCUCCACUUCUUUGCUUGUUAAUGGGCAAAUAUUUUUGGGUAGUAAUUUA